AUGUUUGGACAACAACAACUACAACUACCUCAACUACAACUUCAACAACUUCAACAACAAGGUGGAGGUGGAGGAUGUAGUAAUACAUACUCUGCAGCUGGUGGUACAGGUACAGGUACAACAGGUACAGGAUGUUGUAAUAUAAUCAACUUCUCAUAUGCAUCACUUGGUUGCACAGUACAUUGCGAAGCACCUUCAUUCAGUGAAGACCUCUCUGUCUCAAACAUCAUACACGAGACCCUUGAAGCCAGAGAGCGAGGCUUCCUCUCUGCACAGUUUGUUCGCACUCCCCUCGACAUCACCAUCUCAUUCCCAUACCCAAUAGAUGUAGAGAGGAUAAGUGUUAGAUCAAAGCUUGGUACAGGUAUCGCUCAAUCAUUAUCAUUCUAUACUUCACAAUCAUCGUUUGAUGAGAUUGAAGCCAAUGCAAAGAGAUUGUUGGAACAAUCAAAUAGACAACAUUCAGAGGAUACAAAGAUGGCUCAACAUCCACAACAUUCGAUGCUAUCUGUUAGUAAAUGGGAUACAUCAAAGGAGCGAUAUCCAGGUGGUUUGGAGACGAUGAUGAAGAAGGAGUCUAUGCAUUCGACGGCGGCUGCAUCGCCCAGUGGCAGCCAUCUCGUGUACAACAAGCUGGUACAUCAAUCCUUUCAGUUUGUCGGACACUUUGACGACCUCUAUCAACAGGACAAGCUUUACACCUACUUCUGCCAUCCCAGUUUCCGCGGCCAGAGCCAGCCGUCAAUGUUCAACGGCACCCAACCAGAGCAAGUCAAGACCUUUGGUUCCAAUGUAUAUUUAUUGAACAACAUCAAGUCCAUUCGCAUUCGAAUACUCAAAGUGUUCCAAUCAAGCUGUCCAUCGAUUGGAGGCAUAGAGGUGUGGGGACUGCCUGCGGCACAAUGUCCUCAGAACGUUGUGGCGCAGAUAUAUCAGAGUUCGAUGGCACUGCAGCCACUGUUACAACAACAGCAACAACAGCUACUAUUCCCUACAUAUCAAACAAUGACUACGACAUCCACAACGACGACGACUACUACAACAUCUCAAUCACUUUCAUCACAUCCAAUGCAGUUCAGUCUACCAACAUCCAAACUGAUGAUGAACAACGACAAUAGCACAACGAAUAAUACAAGCGCAUUAUAUUCACCGCGAGGCUAUGGUGGCCAUCGAUCGACGACACUUGGUCAGCCAGCCUCGGACUCGGACAUGGACGUCGAGAUCAACGACUUUGACAAGUUCCUGCAGGACAACCCGGACAUCGUGCUGAACGAGGCCGGUGUGCCGACCAAGUUUGUCGAUCCCAUCACACUGGAGCUGAUGAACGAGCCCGUAGCGCUUCCGUCGGGCAACUACGUCGAUCGCAAGACCAUCCAGAAGCUCUUUGACAAUCAGUACUUCAACGACCCGUUCUCGGGCAUACGCAUCACAAACACGCAGACCGACUACUCACUGCAGCAACAGAUAAUCAACUUCCACGAGUCAAAGAAGCGCAAGCGACUGAUCAAGACGAGCAGGCCGGUCCAAGUGUCGGUCGUCUCGUCGUCCCCAACCGCCUCGCUCACCAACCUCAGUGUCUCGGACCAAAGCAUCUUUACGAAUCACAGCAGCCACAGCAACAGCAAUGACAACAGUCUGUUCUCGAGCAGCAAUAGUAUCAACAACAAUGGACUGUUCUUCUUUGGCAAUAGUGGCAACUAUAAUAAUAGUAAUGGCAACAGUAUACAGAGCAGUACCGACUCGCUGAACAACAACCAUCGUCAUCACGCUGAUGACAUGGACAUGAACAUCAAUGGCGCAGCAUUCUUCCAUCCACUAUUAUUCAACAAUCGAGGUACGACUGGAAUGACCAAUCCAUUCCAUGAUUCACACGAGGUCACUCCAGAGCGAAGGAGUGCAACAUUUGGCGGCCACUCCACCAAGUCGCAUCCACUCCUCAAACUCAUGUCCCAGACAUCUCUCGUCGAACUGCCAAUCAAGAGAAUAAAGAAGUGA